CUUUAUCCAAGUUCAUGAACAUGCCCAUAUGUGUUAUAAGCUUAGAAUUCACGAUUUUCCAGCUCUUUAGAUCAAUUGGUAUUUGUUUCAAGCAAUUUUUAAUGCUAACUUUUAAGCUAAUGUACACCAUUUUAUUUGAAGUUUUAGAUCAAUUUUAUACCUUGUUGACCCAACUUGUUUGAAACUAAGGCGUAGUUGUUGUUGUCGUCCAAUUUUACACAUUCUUGGUGCUAAAACCAGGUAAUUAAUUAAUGGUACUCGAUCUGCUUCUUAGUUGAUUAUAUGAAUUCUAUUUAUGUGGGCAAAUGUUUAUAUUGAAUCUUUGUUCUGUUUUUGAUGAUUGGGAAAUCUUAGGAUAGAAUUGUUGGAAUUUUAGUAUUGAUUGAGAAUGGGUGAGUCCAUCUUUUGUUUUAGAAAAUGUAGAUUAGGAAGAGUAAUGGGUUGCAUUCAGCUUGUGCUAGGUUCACUUGUUAUACUCGUAAGCCUUUCGAGUUUGUUUAGGUUUUAUUCUGCUGGGUUUUUCUUACAUGAUGAGGAUAUAUGUCGCCAUUUUUAUGGUGUGAAGGAUGUUUAUGAUAGUUUUGAUGUAAAAGCACUGAGUUCUCGCGUUGAUGAAGUGCUCGAUAAGAUGGAAAGUUUGCAAGAUAAGAUUGAAUUGAUUGUACAAGAGAUGGAGAAGAACAAAAAUGAGUUAGAAAAAGGGAGUAUUCCCAAAUUGGAAUACAAGAAGUUCUUGGAAGAAGAGGUGAUUAAGCCUUUAUACUCUGCUCAUAUUGCCCUUAGGCAAAUUAGGAUGCCUAGAGUUGAAGGAAUUGGGAAUGUGACUAUUAAGGAACAUCCCUUGAUUAAUAAUUUUGUGAUUGAGGAGAUUCGAAAGUAUAUUACCCCGAAGGAGAAUAGACAUAAGAAGGUUAAUAUUUUUGGAACACAGAUGAUUUAUAACACGAUAGGGCAUGCUUGUGCGUCGAUGAAGAAAGAAUUGGAGGAAUAUAUGGAUUAUGAUAUUGGAUCUUAUUGUAAAGAUGAUUGGAACAUUGCUCAGAAGCUUAUGAUUAAUGGUUGUGAUCCUUUGCCAAGGAGAAGGUGUUUGACAAGGGCCUCUAAGCUCUAUCAGAAGCCUUAUCCAAUUAACGAGUCCUUAUGGAGGAUCCCAGAUGGGAGAAAUGUUAGGUGGAGCAAUUACCUUUGCAGGAACUACGAGUGUUUAUCGAGUAAGAAUCCUAAAAGAGGUUACACUAAGUGCACCGGAUGUUUUGAAAUGGAUAAAGAAGAGAUAAAAUGGGUAACAAAUUCUUCACUUCCUGUGGAUUUCUUGAUCAAAGAUGUAUUGGCAGUUAAGCCAGGGGAGAUCAGAAUUGGUCUGGAUUUUGGCAUUGGAACGGGGACUUUUGCUGCAAGAAUGAGAGGGCAGAAUGUGACAAUCAUUACGACUGCACUGAAUCUUGGAGCUCCUUUCAGCGAGACGAUAGCACUUAGGGGUUUGAUUCCAUUAUAUGUAACACUGAAUCAAAGGCUUCCAUUCUUCGAUAACACUAUGGAUUUGAUCCACACUGCUGGAUUUAUGGAUGGUUGGAUCGAUCUACAGCUGUUAGACUUUAUCCUAUUUGACUGGGAUCGCAUUUUGAGACCAGGAGGCUUAUUGUGGAUUGAUCGAUUCUUUUGUAAUAGGACUGAUCUGGAUGACUUUAUGUACAUGUUUCUGCAGUUCAGGUACAAAAAGCAUAAGUGGUCUAUUGCUCCCAAGGCCAAGGAUGAAGUAUAUCUUUCUGCAUUAUUAGAAAAGCCUGCUCGAUCUUUAUGAUCAUACGAAGCAUUAGAGCUCAUGUCUUUGUUAUACUGACAUAAUAUUCAUAGGAUUUAUCUGCAACAUUUGUUCUAGUGUCUGCAAACUGUAAGAAACUUGUGGUUCUCUUUGUUAUACUUCACAUGGUAUUCAUAGGAUUUAUCUGCAACAUUUA